UGUAUACCUACGACCAAACACGAAAACGAACUCACGAAGCCACAAUGAAGCCAACAUCCGUCCUCCUCGACCCGCGCAAUGCGGCAACGACCCGAUCCCCGGAAAUACCAAUGAACGUCCUCGUCGCACCCGCCGGAUUUAAAGAAAGUCUCGAAGCUGAACAAGCAGCGCGCUACAUCGAAGCCGGUAUCCUGAAAGCAAACCCACACGCCAGCAUCCGCAAAGUACCUCUCCACGACGGCGGCGAAGGCUUCUCGAAAGCGCUCGUUCAGCAGAGAGGCGGCACACUAUACGAGAUCUCUGUUACCGGACCUAUUGGCGAGCCAGUCGAUUCGUACUUUGGCAUACUGCAGGAUGGAAAGACGGCGGUGGUUGAUAUGGCGGCUGCGGCGGGAUUGAGAUUGGUGCCGAAGACGCACCGCGAUCCGGCGAGUACGACAACGGUCGGUGUGGGGGAGCUGAUGAAAGCAGCGAUUGAAAAGGGAUGCAAGAAGCUUAUCGUGGGGUGUGGCGACUCAGGAACCAGCGAUGGAGGAGCGGGGAUGCUGCAGGCUCUCGGUGUGCGGCUGCUCGAUGGCGCUGGGCGGGAGCUACCGAGGGGAGGGGGAGGUAAGGACAUGCAUAGACUCUCAAAGAUCGAUAUGCAGGGCCUGCACCCCCGGUUGAGAAAUGGCGAGGUGGACAUCGAGGUCGUGUGUAACUUCAAGAACGUUCUUACUGGUCCCCGAGGCGUUGCGAGGAUCUACGGUCCACAGAAGGGCGCUACACCCGAGCAAGUCGAGCUGCUUUCCGACGGCUUAGAGAAAUACGGCAGGAUAAUCAGCGACCUCCUUGGAAAGGAUAUCACCACAGCACCAGGGAGCGGCGCCUCCGGUGGCCUUGGAGCCGGCCUGCUCCUCCUCCACGCCACCGUCAGAACCCGCUUCGAAGCCGUCAUCGAGUAUUUCAACAUCCGCGACCUAUUCGAUGACUCAGACCUCCUCUUCACAGCCGAAGGCGGCCUCGACUCACAGACACCGCACGGUAAAAUCACCGCCGAAGUAGCCAAGCGCGCGAGCGAAAAGGGCAUCCGCGUUGUCGCUCUCGCAGGCACCAUUGGCUCCGGCGCCGACGACUGCUACGAGUCCGGCAUCGAUGCGUUUUCGAGCAUCCUAAAAGCGCCCGUGAGCUUGGAUGAGGCGAUUAAGAAUACGGAGACGUUGCUGCGGGAUUGUGCGGAGAACGCGAUGCGGAUGAUAAUGGUAGGUCAGUCGCUCAGUCCGGAGCGCCAGAUGCGUGGGAAGAGCCCGGGGAUUGGUCCUGCGCUCGAGAACUUGAGGAUUGAAGAGAGGGAUGUGGAGGCGUUGAAGCCGGGGCCGAAACGGAGUGUUACGCUUCCUUCGCAGCUGUUGCAGCCGGCUAAUCACUUGACGACGCCUGUAUAG